CGGUGAAGGGGAGAGACGGACGCAGGAGAGGAGAGGAGAGGAGAGUUGAGGAGAGGAGAGGAGAGGAGAGGAGAUGACUGUGAUUCCCGACUCCAGCAUCUGACAACCACCCUGCUGCCGGGACCCAGGACCUCGCCUAUAGGGCACUCCAUCUCAUCCACCUCAAUCUCCACAUGGAUCAACUAAAGAACGCGUCGGUCGAGAAUGGGUGCAAAGAGGACAUUUUCGAUUUGACGGAGGCGGUCCCACAGACUCAGCGAUUGGACACGAGCCUACAGAAGGCCAGAGCCCAGCUGUCAGCCAGGAGACACCGGCCCUCUCGCUCCCGCCUCCGAGACAGCCUGAGCUCCAUAGAGGAUGACAGCCUGGAGUGGAAGUCUUCCCAGAGCUACAGCAGCCCCCUGCACAGCUCCUCCUCCCCUCUCCACUGCCUCCUCCACCAAUCCACCGCCUCGCCCGACCUCCAGUCAUCCUCCCCUGCCCAGCGGACCCGGGCCUUCACCUUUGACCCCUGCAUGGUGGGGCCCACCCUGGCGGAGGUGCGCAGGAGGCACCGGCCCCUCCAGAGCGACUCCUCCCAGGAGGCUUUGCUGCUAACGCCCGCCAGCUCACCACCCCAGGGCCCCGUGGAGGAGGCCGACGCGGUGCCCGGCUCAAGGGACACAUCACAGCAGAAGGACAAGCAGGCCCUGAGCAAGAACGGCAGCGCACUCCAUGAUGGGGACAAGCAAGGGGCCCAGGGCCACCUACAGCAGGGCGAUCACUCGCAGAGCGAAGAUGACAGCCACGACACUGGCACCGACGAGCCUGGCAGCCCCACGGUCCUCCUGGACAAGAAGACCAAGAGGCGUUUCCUAGACCUCGGGGUGACCUUAAGACGGACCUAUGGAAAAGUCAGAAAAGACAGAACUAACAGAAUAGAGUCAACAGAAGCACGUCCGGCCCGUUCGUCAGCUCCGUCACUGGUGCCCUUCUCCUGGUUUAGUGAGAGGAUGAGGGGCUCUGUCAAAUCCAGCUCUCAGACUGCAGUGAAGGCUGACUCGGCAGUACGUGAUAAUACAGUGUCCAAGCAACCGACAAGAGAAUCUCAGCAGUCCUCUCAGCCCUACCAGAGCCUCUCACUAUCCGCUGAGGAGGAGAACAGCUCUGGACAAGAGACAGAUGGCAGUUUGCUACCAUGGAGACGAACAAGGACCGCACAGCCCUCCACAGACAAACGGCUUUCUCCACAGGACAGCUGAGAGACCCAGACCUUGCAUACGAUACAACCACAGCUUUUUGGGUCCAUCCACACUUGGCUAUUUAGCUUCCACACAAGCCCUGGCUCUGGCCUGAAUCUGGGCCUUGUCCGGCCAGGAUCUGUUUUGCUGCUGCAGCUGUUUUAAAAGACGUCUUCCACACACAGCAGGUGUGAGUAACAAUGAAACGCAUAGCAGGUAUAGCUUUUGGGGAAAAUAAUACCCCUAUGCUCAGAGGAUUGGAUAAAUGGACAAUGCAUGUAUAAAGGACUUCACAAAUUGACAGAGAAUUACAGACAUAGAGGAGACAGAAUGAGACAAAAAUGUUUGCGCAAUGGACUUUACAAUAGAAAAGUUUGACAUGUCUAGAGAGACUAGAUGUUUGGCCACUGAGUGUUGCUCAGUUGGCCACUGAGUGUUGGUCAAGAUGAAUUAAUGUGGAAUCUUAAUUGUGGAGAAGUCCUCACUUCAAUGGGACAAGCCUUUAUCUUAUGCAGGUCCGCCACAGAUAAUGCUGUGACGACCUGAAAGCUUUA